UGAGUGGAGAAGUCUGCGGCUUGUUUAACAGUGUGUUCCACACCUCCAACGUGACAGCAGCAAUCUGACCGGCUCGCAAACUCAGGCACACAACCCUAUGAAUACGUAACAAGGAAAAUCAGUAAUGCCUGCUGCCACUGAAUGCUUUCACAUCGGGACACUCAGAUGUGAAUUCCCAGAGAUCUUACAGUGACAUUUAAACCGUUUUCCUGGCUGAUUUCCACCAACAGAUUCAGGAAAUCAUUAACUCUUUUUUUAAAAAAUAUACAUAUACUGAAAUUUGCAAACCCUCAAGACCGUUUCUGUUUCGGUAUUGGAAUAUUGUCUGUAAUCUUGGCAUCAGUGUGCGAUGGUUUGAUUUACCACCACAGUGGAAGGUUUAUGGACAGCUAUCUGAGUUGGUGGAUGCAGAUAUCGUGGGCCUCGAGUAAUUGGGUUGAUGCAGAGUGGCAGCAAACUGAGAAUGGACUUCGUGUGUCUCCUUGCCUUCACGAUGAUGUUUGGUCUGAGCGGCAGUGUGAGAGGUCCUCCAAGGAUCUCUAAGAAAGUGCAGAACCGGCAGCCGGUGAAGCUGGGUCGCACGGUCAGGUUGGCCUGUCCAGUGGAGGGCGAUCCACCGCCAUUGACCAUGUGGAUCAAAGAUGGACGCACCAUCCACAGCGGCUGGACAAGGUUCCGAGUCCUUCAGCAAGGCCUCAAAAUCAAGGAGGUGGAAGUGGAGGAUGCAGGAGUCUACGUCUGCCGAGCAACUAAUGGGUUUGGCAGCAUCCAUCUCAACUACACCCUGAUCAUCAUUAAUGACAGCAGCACAGCAAACAGUGGCCUGCCUCUUCCUGAAGGAUCUCAGUCCGACUCCGCAAACCUGGAGCCCAGUGGAAAGCAACUGAUUAAGCCCAGGUUCACCCAGCCCAGUAAGAUGCGGCAGCGAGUGAUAGCGCGGCCUGUGGGCAGCUCGGUCCGCUUGAAGUGCACUGCCAGCGGGAACCCGCGCCCAGACAUCGUGUGGUGGAAGGAUGAUCAGCGGAUCGCGGAGGACAGGAGGAACAGGUGGACCCUUAGCCUGAGGAACCUGAAGCCCGAUAGCAGCGGGAAGUACACUUGCCAUGUCUUCAACACCGCGGGGGAAAUCAACGCCACCUAUAAACUCGACGUCGUUGAGAGAACCAGAUCCAAACCUGUUUUAACUGGCACUCAUCCCGUUAACACCACAGUAGAGUACGGAGGUACCACCUCCUUCCAAUGUAAGGUGCAGAGUGAUGUGAAGCCGGUAGUCCAGUGGCUGAAGAGAGUGGAUUAUGGUGCCGAGAAGAAGUUCAACUCCACCAUCGAGGUCGGGGGCCAGAGGUUCGUGGUCCUGCCGGCGGGCGAUGUUUGGUCUCGUCCAGACGGUUCGUACCUCAACAAGCUGCUCAUAGCACGGGCAACAGAAGACCACUCUGGGAUGUACAUCUGCCUGGGUGCCAACACCAUGGGCUAUAGUUUCCGUAGCGCCUUCCUCACUGUGCUUCCAGAUCCCAAAAUUGAGAAGACAGCUACCUCUUCGCGCGCCGCCAGUGGAUUACCGUGGCCUGUCAUCAUUGGAAUCCCCGCUGGUGCCAUCUUCAUCUCUGGCACGAUUCUGCUCUGGUUCUGCCAGACAAGGAGACACGGCUCGGCCUCACCACAGCACCGGCACCAGCGGGAAUGUGCCGUCCUGGACAAAGACUGUGUGCCCAUCGGCAGCCCAGAGUUUGCAGUGGCUUCUCAGUCCCACCUGCUGGUUCAAACCCCUGCCAUUGCCCCCACUGCCACCCCCAAAGUGUACCCCAAGAUCUACACGGACUUCCACACCCAUACCCACGCGCACACAGAGGGCAAGAUCCACCAGCACCAACACUUCCACUACCAGUGCUAGCUGUGGCAGGCACAGCCCUGGCAUCCCAGGCCUCUUGCUAAAGAACACCAAGAGCUCAAUGGCACGUGGACCUAGAUCUCAAAUCCCGCCAGCGUGUAUCUAAACAUAAUGUGAAUACUCCUUGAACAAUCCAGUUUUGAGAAAUCACUUGAAAACCGCCUGGCUCCAAGUACUGCCAGCAAUAAUUGAAGGCGUGCCACCAUCAAGAGAUGUGGCCACUAUCUAAGAGGAGACUGCGGUGGGUGGGCCACUGAACAUCUCCUGCACACUGCAUUUAUUCUGUCGGGUUCCCAUUUACUCUGUUGUUCCUGAUCCCCUGAAACUGAAUGGGCAGGUUUGUUGCAUGUCCGCUCACCGUUUGAAGAGUCGGGUUUUUAUUUGUUGAGUGAGAUAUCCAGAAAUGUAACCAAGGCUGUGGAAUACGUCGGACAAUCUCAGGAUGGUCGGCUUGGCUGAAAUUUGCCUCUCAAGUCUGGGUUUGUUUUGCUUGCUGAAGCGUUUGAAGGGCUGUGAUUUUCAGCAAAGUUGAGAAAGAAGAUCACAACCUAGGCCACAAUCCUAAAUCAAGGACUCAACCAUUCUGCAUUAGAGCAGGUGUAACAACCCACCCAGUGUGGGAAAUACCAGGCUCAAAUACCUGAUCUCUGUCCAUCCAUCCCCUGGAGUUUUAUAUUGCCCAAGUUUCUUGGAGAACUUCAGCCUCUGUUGUUCUUUAAGAAGCAAAGCUUCACAUGAAGCACAACCCCAUCAUUGCAUUUCUUUCCAACCUUGUCUGGCUCCUGUUGUUAUGAUACGGGUUCAA